AUGGAUCUCUCCAAUCCGCGAUGCGAGCAUCUGGCCUCGCCUGAUAUCAAAAACUUCAUCCUCUCCAUCCUCAUCGUCUUUGGAAUCCUCCUCUCCUACACCCCCCAACAUGUCCGCAUCCUAACCAUGAAGACCUCCUUCGGUAUCUCACCGUACUUCGUCCUCCUAGGAACCACAUCUGGUUCCUCGGCACUAGCCAACGUAAUCUCGCAACAACAAAGCCUUCACGACAUGGCCUGCUGCAAGGAAGUCAACGGGAUGGGCUGUUUCGCAGGGAUUCUCGGAAUCCUCCAAGUCGGAACCCAAUGCCUUUGCUUCUUCAUCAUCCUAUUUCUCUUCGUCCUCUUCUUCCCCCGAAACACUUCCCACCUCCCCAAAUCCAGCCCAACCUACCGCACCGCCCUAACCGUCGCCGUCAUCUGCAUCCUCCACGCCGCCGUCAUGCUCAUCACCACCCUCGCCGUCGGCUACACCCGCCCUUCUUCCCUCCAAGCAUGGUCCAACUUCUGCGGCAUCCUCUCCGCCCUCCUCGCCUCCAUCCAAUACUUCCCUCAGAUCUACACCACCCUGCGACUCCGCUGCGUCGGAUCGCUUAGCAUCCCCAUGAUGUGCAUCCAAACGCCCGGCAGUCUCGUCUGGGCAGGCAGUCUAGCAGCGCGAUUAGGUCCGAAGGGAUGGAGUACAUGGGGCGUAUUGAUUGUGACGGCUUGUCUGCAGGGGACGCUGCUGUGCUUAGGUGUGUUCUUUGAGUUCCUAGGACCGAAUCGGGGACAUGGUCAUGAAGGACAUGAUAAGGAUACUGAGGUGGUGAGGGGAGAGGAUGGGGAAGAGGAGGUGGCGCAUGAGGAUGAUCAGGACUUGCCGUCCGAGGAGACGCCUUUGUUGAGGGAUCAGUGA